AUGGAAAAAAGUACGCAGCUACCCAGACAUUGCCCCAACACCAUCUCCGAAAUACCCUAUAACGAACAACCCCCUUUUCAUAGCAGGGAAAAGGGGCUUCCAAUUGAAACCAAUGAGAGACGACCAACGGAAGGCACAUCUGACACUAGACGAGGUAGUGAGAGAGGGGGGAGUGACGCCAAUCACACUAUUGACAGAAGGGAAAGACCCAUCCCUUAUGCAGAGAUUUCAGUACGCACAAAUGCGACAUUUCUUGACUGCACAGGGUUUAUCACAUUGGACUCCAAGGGACAGGACCAAAUUUGAACUACUAUGCUCGGGAGAAAAAACGCCUCACAAGCCAACAUCCCUCUGCUAUAAACUGUUACAAACCCAGACGAGUACUCAAUUACCGUACUUUACCAGAUUAUGGAGGGACCACUUAGACAAAGAUUUAGAAGCAGGAGACUGGAAGAAUAUCUUCCAAACGAUCUUCCACGCACACUCUAGCAUACCACUACAGGAGAUUAACUAUAAAUUCAUCUCCAAGUGGUAUACCACCCCGGUGGAUGUUCACAGAUUCGACUCCAACUCAUCACCAAUGUGCUGGAGAUGCAACUCAGACAAGGGCACCUUCCAGCACAUAUGGUGGACAUGUGAGGAGCUAUCGGGCUUCUGGAAAGAAGUCUGGACCACGGUCAAUCUGAUAGCAGACACGCCCAUACCCUACAACCUAGAGGCACUCCUACUACUCCACUUCGAAAUACCACACCGUAAAUUCAAACAUUCCCUCGUUUACUUUAUGCUGACAGCGGCAAAAAGCUCGAUAGUGAACCACUGGAAAUCGGCGAUCCCGCCCUCUAAAACAGACUGGUUUCAAAGAAUAGAACAUUUUCAUGAGAUGGAGGAACUAAGAUGGGGAUCGUUAGACAAAUAUCACAGAUACAAAGACAUAUGGCAACCCUGGAAAGAAUUGCUAAGAGGUAGACAGGCCGACUAAACUAAUUAACCACCGUAUCAACCUAAGAGGGGGGGAAGCUAACCAGGAAAGGGACAAGGAACAAGGUCAGGGGGUGGGACAGAGGGUGCAUGGGAGGUCCUCUUCUUCGCCUAUGGCACAACAAUCUAACUACCUGGGUAUAAAAGGCUGAACCACAGCGAUACCCAGAACGACAUACCACAACUCUUGGACGCAUGCUAUACCGCACACACACACACAUAGGAAUCAAUGACCAAGGCGGCAGGUUUACCGUGACAGAUAUGAAACCAAUGUGUAUCCUAGGCCAAAUACAAUUGUUACUGAGAAUGUUAUACUUGUAUUCAGUGCUGCGAUGUUGCGAUAUUUUAUUUCUUCUUCUUCUUCUUUCUUUCUUUUUCCUUAUAACACUACGUUUUGUGUUAUUACAAUGUUAUAAUACAAGGUCUUACCGUACUCCGGAAACAUGGAGACAUGCACUCAAAAAUCCAAUAAAAAUAAAAUAUAUAAAAAAAAAAAAAAAAAAAGAUUAUGAUCUUUUCUUUGAUCAUACAUCUUUUUAAUUCCAGAGGUGAUUAACUGGAAGCCAGGCUGUUGUGGAAUUUAGUUUUCAUUUUAUCCAAACAAAGAAUGAAUGUGUUGUUGUUGCUGUUUUCCUCCACUGAUGAAUAACCAGACCACAUCACACACCAUGACUACUAAAGCAAAACGGAUGGGUUAGAAUUGCACACCUAUUUUCAGAAUGUAAGAAAAUGCAAAGUGAUAUGUGUAGUCAGAAUUGUUGUGUGGGGAAAUUGUUGUGUGGAUAGUUAAACCCUUAAAAUGCCAGAGGAUAGAGUUAGGUGUGCACAAUCAUUUUUUCGAGAGGGAUCCUUCCCCCAACCUCUUCACAACUUUUUUUUUUUUUUUACUUCUGAACCAUUUCAUACUUUACCAUGUUUUCCUCCACAGUCCCAUUUUACAGUGGCAGUCCUACCCCAAGUUGCUUAUGUGGAAGUUGUCCACUUUCAGUGCCAGUUUGCUGCUCACCUCCCCACCAUUCACAAACACGGCUCUGGUUGUAAAGAAAUGACCAAGCUAUAAAGCGAGAAGCUUAUUAUGUCUGUCUGACAAAACAUUUUUACAUUUAAUUUAUAAAUUUUUUAUUUUCUUGCACCGGAUUGAUAUGUCACUUGUUCCAUGGGUGCAACAAACCUCAGCACAAAAGGCCAAUUAUCUCUGCACAUACAGAUUUCUACCACCAUGACCACUUCUAAAACUAGAAGUGGUCAUGGUAGUUAGAGUAACACUUUAGGAAAUAAAUUCUAGUAGUUGCCAACUAGGAAAUCUUACAACUGCAAUUGAACUAAAUCAUUUUGUUUUAAUAUGAGUAUUCAACUUGAGGGGAGAUGAAUAUUUUCUCAAUUUACAGAAAGGAAAUCUACAGAUUAUAACCAUGCUGACAGAUAAGGAACUAUAUUUGAGGAAGUCUGACCUUGAUAACGUUGACACAACUCACAUUUCAUUCAAGGAUAUCACUUCCAUAACUGGAGUUCCGGAAGAGCAUAUCAAAACUAGGAAAGUCCACAUUUUUGUUCCUGCACGGAAUGCAAUGCAGUCUGGCGUGCAAAACACAAAGAAAUGGAAGAUGGAGUUUGAUACACGUGAGCGGUGGGAAAAUCCAUUAAUGGGCUGGGCUUCCACUGCCGAUCCUUUGUCCAAUAUGCUGCUGUCAUUCACCUCAAAAGAAGAUGCCAUUGCCUUUGCUGAAAAAAAUGGAUGGAGUUAUGAAGUUGAAGAGAAGAGGAUUCCAAAGCCAAAAUCCAAGUCUUAUGGUGCAAACUUUUCUUGGAACAAACGAACCAGAGUUUCCACAAAAUGAGUUAUUGGCCGUCCAUAAGUCUGACUAUGAACAAAGUCAGCUGUGCUAUAUUUAUAGAACAAGUAUAAUACAACUCUUAAUCUCCUAAUAAAUAUGACCUUUAAACUAAAAAAA